CCUAAAGAUCCCACUGUUGAUUAUUACUUACACUUAUUUGGGCUUUUCAGACUGCACGUUCAGAGCUGUGCCUGCUAUGAUCAUGUUGUUUGGACCAUGGUGGCCCAAAGGCUCAUUGAAGCUCUUUAGCAUCGGAAAUCAAUGAUGGGAGAUCGAUGGUGGAAUGUUUUUGACAGCCGGACCAUAGUGCUAGGAAAAGGGGUCAUGCAAUCGUUAGUCUGUCUGGUGAAUUCUGGUGGAGAGAUCAGAGCUGAACUGGUUUCAGUUGAAAAGUUGGAGGGGAGAAAAUGCCAGACUUUUCUGAGGAAGGGCUGGACCACUACCUACUGAAUCAAGUGAGGAUCAUAUGCUGCUACGUAGUGUGUGGGUGUUGUGGUUAUCCUGUGUGUUGAUUAUCGUGUAUGUGUGUAAUUGUGGUUCUGUGUGUGAGGUGGACCUGCGGCACCGUACAGUCAGCAGGCGUGUUGAGGAGGUUCUGACGGUGCUCAGAGAUCUGACCACUGAGGUCAGCAAGAAAGACGGACGCUUCCAGUCCAUCGCCCACGCUGGAGUCAACAACGAGAACAUCAAGGACCAGCCUGCCAUGGUGUCUAAAUGGGCAGCCCUCCUGAGAGGCAGAUGUUCCUUCAACCCAGCCAUCCAGGUCCUGACUUCCAGCCUAGUUUUGGUCAGUGUUCCGGUGAGGGGGUUGAUUGGAUAUCAUCAGCAUGUGGCUCGUCAGUGGAGGUACUAUUCUCUGACUGGCUCCAUUCUCCCCACUCCUGUCCGCGAGCCAGAGAAACUCCACCAAUGGCUGGAGCUGGAGAGCUUCACAAGCCCCGCCCAGGACUGGCAGGAUGCCAAAGUGUGUGUUGAGGGAGACAUUGUACCGGCCAAGGUGGUCAGUCUCUUCAGAGAACAACUAGAGACCGCCAUACUGACCUGCAGCUUCAGUGGUAAGGUCAGCAUCUUGGAGUCUGUGGGUUCGGUAGUGCGUGUUGCCAUAGAGACGGUGGAGGGUGUGAUGGAGGCAGAACUUGUUCCCACUGUGGAGCUGAUCAACUAUUGGCCGAAGAAGGCCCGCUGGCCCCGCCUUCUGCAGCGCUGGCCAACCACAGAGAGAGCUCGCUGCAUCAAGUCGUUUGGGUUUAACCUCAUGGCAACGUCUAAUUACCACUGGCUGUUGUCGUUCUCACGGGCGGAGCAGGCAUUGCUAGUGGCCGUUGAUGAGGACGGUGGUUGCCGUAGGAAGUGUUACCGUGUUGUCAGACAGCUGAAGGAGGACACCUGGUGUCCCGGCACCAAGCCUGUCAUCACAGCCUUCCACCUGCAGACUCUGUUGUUCUGGUGCUGUGAGAAGUUUCCAUGUGGGCGUGACUGGCGCUGUGUAAAGGAGUGUGUGCUGCGUGUAGCCAGGAAGCUGUUGAAGUGUGUGAGCCAGCGCUACCUGAGACACUACUUUGUCCGCUCCUACAACCUGCUGAAAUACAGUAACACCACAGAGUUAGACCACACAGCCCAGAAGAUCAAUGACUUUAUAGCCAACCCCAGCCUAUAUGUCCACUAAACACUGAUUAUUAACACCAAUUCUAGCAUGAUGUUUUUAUUGCUACUAUUCUUGUCUAUCCUAAUGUUGCAAACACAAAAUGAAUACAAGGUUGUGUUCAGUAGGGCACAGCCUACCAAAACAUUUGUAGCAGUAGCUUUUUACUUAGUCAAAUUCCUGUACAUGCAAAUGUCUUUGGUGAAUAAAGAUGAUUCUGAUUCACAGCAUAGCAAAACAUUUUACAUCAGGUAAUGAACAUCCUUAUUGAACAAGUCAAAAGUUUUUUAUUCUGUACCUAAAUAAAGUAGUUUUCUUAUAUUG